AUGCCUAAUGCCCCCCUGCACCUCGGCGAGAGAGAGCUGCUGCUGGGCCCCGGGGGCGCCGCCCCGAGCUCGGGGGGCUCCGGGGGGGCUCCGGGGGGGUCGCUGGGCGAGGUGAGCAUCCCCCUCUCGCUGGGGGUCUGUCCCCUGGGCCCCCUGCCCCUGCCCAAGGAGCAGCUGUACCAGCAGGCGCUGCAGGAGCCCGCCUGGCACCACAUGCCGCACCCGUCCGACUCCGAGAGGAUCAGGCAGUACCUGCCCCGCAACCCCUGCCCCACCCCCCCCUACCACCACCAGCUGCCCCCCCCCCACUCGGACACCGUGGAGUUCUACCAGCGCCUGAGCACCGAGACCCUCUUCUUCAUCUUCUACUACCUGGAGGGCACCAAGGCUCAGUACCUGGCGGCCAAGGCCCUGAAGAAGCAAUCGUGGCGCUUCCACACCAAGUACAUGAUGUGGUUCCAGAGGCACGAGGAGCCCAAAACCAUCACGGACGAGUUCGAGCAGGGCACUUACAUUUACUUCGACUACGAGAAGUGGGGGCAGCGCAAGAAGGAAGGAUUCACCUUCGAGUACCGAUACCUGGAGGACCGAGACCUGCAGUGAGGGGCACCCCAAAAAACCCCAAAAUCCCCCCAAAAAACCCCAAAACCCCCCCAGAAAACCCCAAAAUCCCCCCCAGACCCCCCCUGCAUGCCCUGGGGGGGGUCAGAACCAACCACAGCCCCAAAUUCCUCCGAAUUCACCCCAAAUUUCCCCCUCCCGGUGCUGUUGUUUUUUUGGGGUGGGGGAGGGGGGGUUAAAAAAUUUGGGAUUUUUUGGGGUUUUUUUUUUUUGGUUUGGG